AUGAAAUCGGACGUGUGGUCAUUCGGCGUUCUACUGUGGGAAAUGCAUACAUUUGGUCAGACGCCGUUCGAGGAUAUUACAAUCGAAGAAUUGCCCGAUUACCUGAAUAAUGGCGGGACGGUGGUGCCGCCUGGUGAUACCCCUCAUUGGAUGGCUGAAAUCAUGCGCAGUUGCUGGGAAUUCAAGCCUAAAUUGCGUCCUGGUAUUGGGAAGCUGGCCGCCCGGCUGCGCCGACAUUUCCAGUUGAUGAAGCACAGUGAAUAUUAUGUGAAUUUGAGUGAUGCUCAUGAAAUGUCUAUCGAAGUUCAAGAUCGGAGUCCGGUGACGGAGGCAGUUGAAGAAACACUGAGACUA